AUGGCUCUCCCUGAGUUACAAGUGGCAAAAACUCUACCUGAUGCCUGGGACUACAAGGGUCGUCCGGCUCACCGUGCCACCACCGGCGGAUGGAUCUCUGCCGCCAUGAUUCUAGGGGUGGAGGCAUGUGAAAGAUUUGCCACUUUGGGUAUCGCUGUGAAUUUGGUGACCUACUUGACCAGAACUAUGCAUUUUGGAAAUGCAAACUCCGCCAAUGUUGUCACUAAUUUCUUGGGCACCUCGUUUAUGUUGUGUCUUUUAGGGGGUUUUGUUGCUGAUACCUUCUUCGGCCGGUAUUUGACCAUUGCUAUAUUUGCUGCGGUUCAAGCAACGGGUGUGACAAUCUUGGCCAUCUCAACCGCCAUUCCCAGUCUACAACCACCAAAAUGCACCCCAAACAGCGGCGACUGUGUCGCGGCUACAGGGAUCCAACUGAUGGUUCUCUACCUUGCCCUCUACCUGACCGCCCUAGGGACCGGUGGACUCAAAUCAAGUGUUUCAGGUUUUGGGUCGGAUCAAUUUGAUGAAUCGAACAAAGAGGAGAAGGCUCGAAUGACUACUUUCUUCAGCUGGUUCUUUUUCUUUAUAAGUAUCGGAUCACUUGGAGCGGUUACCGUCUUGGUAUAUAUCCAGGACAAUAUGGGUCGGCGUUUGGGGUAUGGGAUCGUGGCAUGUGCCAUUGUUAUCGGAUUGGUGAUCUUCUUGUUGGGUACAAAAAGAUACCGGUUCAAGAAACUGGUGGGUAGCCCGUUAACCCAAAUAGUUUCGGUUUUCGUGGCGGCAUGGAGGAAUAGGCAUAUGAAGAUUCCAUCGGAUCCUUCCUUGUUGUACAGUGUCGAUGAUGUUGAAAUUACAGAAGGAGUUGAUGGCAAGAAAAGCAAGCAAAAGUUGCCCCACAGCAAACAAUUCCGUUUCCUUGACAAGGCAGCCAUUAAAGAUACCGAAAGAUCUUAUGAAUCAAUAGUUGUAGUAAAUAAAUGGCGUCUUUCGACUUUAACUGAUGUGGAGGAAGUUAAAAUGGUGAUCAGAAUGCUACCAAUUUGGGCUACCACAAUAUUAUUUUGGACCAUAUAUGCCCAAAUGACCACAUUCUCAGUGUCACAAGCUACCACAAUGGACAGACACAUUGGAAAAUCUUUCCAAAUCCCAGCGGCUUCCCUCACCGUUUUUUUCGUUGGAAGCAUCCUCUUGACGGUGCCGAUCUAUGACAGGAUCAUCGCCCCUAUCGCCAAACGGUUCCUCAAACACCCACAAGGGCUAAGCCCUCUCCAGCGCAUAGGAGUUGGGCUAGUCCUAUCCAUAUUGGCCAUGAUUGCAGCUGCCCUGACCGAGAUCAAGCGACUAAACGUUGCACAUUCACAUGGUUUAGUAGAUGAUCCGUCUACGGUGGUCCCGCUUACAGUCUUUUGGUUGACCCCACAAUUUAUAUUAGUGGGGGCCGGUGAGGCGUUUACUUACAUAGGACAACUUGAUUUCUUCUUAAGGGAGUGCCCAAAAGGGAUGAAAACGAUGAGCACUGGAUUGUUUCUGAGCACGUUAUCAUUGGGGUUCUUCUUUAGCUCUCUUUUAGUGACAAUAGUGCACAAGAUUACAGGAGAUAAGCACCCAUGGAUAGCUGAUAACUUGAACCAGGGGAAACUUUACGACUUCUAUUGGCUACUUGCGAUUCUAAGUGUUUUCAACUUAGCAUUGUUUCUGUUUUGCGCAAGAUGGUAUGUCUACAAGGAGCGUAGGCUUGCUGAACAAGGUAUCGAGUUGGAAGAAGACGACUUUACAUGCCAUGCGUAAAAUUGGAGUUCUUUUUUUUUUUUUUUUAGAUUUCCCUUUUGAUUGCAAAAUUCUGCUUCUUUUUCUUCCCUCCUUUGGCGUUAUGCCAUGUUUGGUUCUAACUUUUUGUGAAAAAUAAUAAGGGACAAAAAUGGAAGUGUAAAAAUGGAGGCCAUUUUUGUUGUUUAGAUGAAAAAAGGGGGUUCGAUGAAUAAAUGGCUGUUCAAAUCUUCUCGCA